CUCAACCAUCAUCUCUGCAAUUCAUUGAUUCGCCAUGGUCGAACACAUCCCCCCUAGACCGACAACUUCGACAAACCGAACAUCAAAUGUGAGCGGACAAGCUGUCAACGGAGUCAUCUCUGAAGGAAAAACAGUUCUAAUCGAUAAUUAUGACAGUUUUACCUACAAUGUGGUCGAAUAUCUUUCCGAAUUAGGCGCUGAUUUGCACGUUUAUCGCAAUGAUAAAAUCACAAUUGAAGAAAUCGAAGCAUUGCAACCUGCACGAUUAGUCAUCUCACCUGGACCAGGUCAUCCUACCAACGAUUCAGGUAUCUCAAUGCAAGCCAUCAAACAUUUUGCUGGAAAGAUUCCAAUCUUGGGUGUUUGUAUGGGCUUACAAUGCAUUUAUGCGGCUUACACCGGAAUCGUUGAAUUCGCUGGAGAGAUUGUGCAUGGCAAGACAAGUCAAAUCAUUCAUGAUGGCAAAGGACUCUUUGCUGGUUUGCCAGCAGAUGGUGUAGUGGGAACACGUUACCACAGUUUGGCCGCAAGAAUAGAUUCGCUGCCUAGGGAACUUGUAGUCACAAGUAAGACCGAUUCGGGAAUCGUGAUGGGUAUCAGACAUACACGUUACACUAUCGAAGCUAUCCAGUAUCAUCCAGAAAGUAUCCUGAGUAAAGGAGGAAAGGAGACUUUUGCAAACUUUUUGCGCUGGAAAGGAGGAUCUUGGGCUGAGAAUCCUCAAAGUCUGAUCGACGAAAAAGCUGUUCAACAAGCUGAAUCCACCAAAGAGCCCGUCAUCGCAAUGGCAGCUGCUGGUAGCGCCGCUGCAGCGGUAGAUUCUGCAUCAAAGACAAAUACCCAAUCAACAGGUGCAGGCGCUGUGGGUACAAUUCUUGAGCGUAUUCAUGUUCAGAGACUCAAGGACAUUGCUGAAACGAAAGCUAUUCCAGGUUACUCUCCAGAAGAUCUCGAUACGGCCUUGGAGAUGAACCUUGCGCCUCCGCUAAUCAACUUUGCCGCUCGAUUGACCUCAAAUGCUCAUCUUGGUUUGCCAGGUGUGAUGGCAGAAAUGAAACGUGCAAGUCCCAGUAAAGGAAACAUCGAUGCUGGUGCUCAUGCAGGCGCUCAAGCAUUAGCCUAUGCUCGUGGAGGAGCUAAUGUGAUUAGUGUUCUUACUGAGCCUAAAUGGUUCAAAGGUACAAUUAAUGACUUGUCAUUAGCACGAAAAGCGGUUGACGGAAUGCCAAACAGACCUGCAAUCCUUCGCAAAGACUUUAUCGUUGACGUUUAUCAGAUCAAGGAAGCUCGUUUGGCAGGCGCGGAUACGGUCUUGUUGAUUGUUGCCAUGCUGAAUGACACUCAAUUGAAAGAGCUAUAUGAUUACAGCGUCAGUCUUGGAAUGGAGCCUCUUGUUGAGGUGAACAAUGCUGAAGAGAUGAAACGUGCAUUAAAACUAGGAGCAAAAGUUGUUGGAGUGAACAACCGAAACUUACACGAUUUCAAUGUUGAUAUGGGCACGACAAGCCGUCUGGCAGAAGCAGCCAAGGAAGGAGGUGUGAUCUUGGCAGCUUUGAGUGGUAUCACUGGACGGGCAGAUGUAGAAAAGUACCUCAAAGAAGGCGUUGGAGCAGUAUUGGUAGGUGAGGCAUUGAUGCAUGCUCCUGAUAAGAAAGCUUUCAUUCACAACUUGCUCGGGCUUAACCUUCAAGAAGGACAAGCUGUUCAAGCAAAGGUUCAGCCAGCUCCACUCGUCAAGAUCUGUGGAUUGAGUACCGUCGAUGCAGCUUUGAGUGCUGCAGUGGCAGGAGCAGACUUGAUCGGAAUGAUCCUUGCACCUGGUACAAAGAGAACGGUGUCUUUGACUCAAGCAGCAGAGAUUGUCAACGUCGUUCGCUCAGUCCGUGGAGGUUCAGAUUCGAUUCGUCAGGCUGCUGUGAAUGCACAAGAGAGCAAGGCAAAAUCAACAUCUGCUCAAGGAUCUGGCUAUAUCGACGGACAAGAAUGGUUCGCUUAUAAUUCGGAUCUUAUCCGAGCCAAUGCUCACAAGCCAUUGAUUGUCGGAGUUUUCCGUAACCAGUCUUUGGAGGAAAUUGUUCAUGCGGCAAAGACGUUGAAGUUGGAUGCUAUUCAGAUGCACGGAAGAACGGAGCACAUCGAAUGGAGCAAAUUUUUGCCGGGCGUUUUGGUCAUUCGUGUGUUCCAUAUUGGUGCCGAUAGCAUAGAAGAAAAAGGAGCAGGUCAAGGUGACUUGGCAGAUGCAAUACGCGAGAGCUGUCAUCAUAUUAUCGCUCUUGAUACAGCAGGAGCCACAAAAGGUGCAGAAGGUGGAAGUGGUGAAACGUUUGACUGGACUGUAGCUAAACGAAUUGCUACUACCGAUCCGAUCAAGAAAAGAGUUCGUGGUGUCCCAUCACGUCAAUUACCAAUCAUGCUUGCUGGAGGUUUAAAUGCUGAAAACGUCAGCCAAGCAGUUGAGAACGUUCAACCAUUCAUCGUAGACACUAGCUCAGGUGUUGAGACCGAUGGAGUAAAGGAUGUUGCCAAGAUUCAGGCAUUCAUUCGUGCAGCAAAGACAAAUUCGACUGGUGUCGAGGGAGGAGUCAAAGCUGUCGCUACUACCGAUUGAUCUGCCGUUUCGCACCGGGUUUUUCGAUGAUCAACUUUCUUCUUCGAUAUCGUGUAUACAUACCCUCUCAAAAUAUCCCUGUGAUUCACAGAUCCCGAAGACUUUCAUCUUGUGAUCGUGGCUUUUGAUCUGCGAAUGACUUAUCCCGACUGUACUGUAUGAUCGACAUAAUAUAUGAAUCUCUUUUCUAUUUUUCUGUGUGGGUGCGUGAAGCCAUGCUUAGUUGUACAGGAUGAUAUUUUACUUUUUGCUUGCCGAAGAGACGAACUCUUGUGCAAUUUCUCUUGCAACUUUAUUUGAAUCCCUUACUACACCUGCGGUUGCACUUCCAAGAAUCUUACGUAUAUCGGCA